UCCAGUUGUACCAGGCAAAUCAUGUUUGAAUGCGCAUAAAAGGCAAGUAUUCAUUAUGUGCUCGUUCGAACUGAAUAGCGUGCAUGCACCAACUUUAUUUUUACUUAUAACGCUGCAAAGACGACCUCGUGGCAAUGCAGCGCCGGCGUGUUCCUUCUGGGACGACGAGCUUACUACACAGCGCCCAGAUUUGUGCGAUGAAACUGCCCUAGAAGAUGCACGGACUCUGCUGCGCGAUGCCGUGACCAGGAUGGGGGCUACCCUUCCUGAGAGCAUUCCUGCACCGGAUGUUACCUCUGACAGCUACACCUUGUACAACGGCACCCUUUCUCCUCUGCGCCUUGCUCACGUGAACGUGACCGCGGAGGACGCUGUAUGUCGAGCUGACGUGCGGCACUUUCCAUUCGCCAUAGGAGUCGGCGGGGACGCCAGCAUCUCAGGGAUUUACGAGUACUUCUUCACGGGCAACAACGUGACAGCGAGCGAAGAUCGUGGGCGCAUUGUAGUGACAUACAGAAGAGUCGUGUUCCAGGGGAAACUAAGCCAGCAUUUGGGCCACACAAGCGCAAGUAGCAGCGAUGGCACAACUUCUACUUCGCAGACGCCAGUGUGGAACGCACGUGUGACCUUGAAAGAGGAUCCUUCGUUCUGGGGCACAAACACACGCCCGGAGAAGGUUCGAGUGAACGGGCUUCCCUACUUUGACAUGAUGAGAGCAAGUGACCAACGUUUUGGGGCCAUUUUCUACAAACUUCCGCAAACACAUGUACUCCCUGCUCUAAAGAAAGCACUUGGAAUUGAGCAGUUGCAAAAGUAGGCGACGCUUCCACAAGAAUGUAUUUCAACAAGUGUGCCCUGUAGACACACUCAUGCCAUUCGUCCAGUUUGAUUAGAAACUUAACGCGCAGUAACGGCAAAUAAACGUAGUUUUUAUUCUUCUUAAUAGCGAUAACAGAGCGAACAAAGAAGGCACGAAAAGUAUGCCGACAGACGCAAGUGCUGUAUGGGCUGACAAUGAGCUUAUCUAGUGACUGUUUCUUUGGCACGGGCGCUUUUCGUCUCUUUUCCAAAGUACUUUCUCGUGCAAAAGAUGCCGAGCCAGGAAUUUCGUGAUAAAGUCUAUCCUUUUUUCUUUGUACGACUCUAAGCUGUAAUGGAUUGCAUUGUGAACUUUCCAGUUAAGUCGUUAUUUCAGUUUAUGCAUCGGGUAAUUACGAAGAAAUUGAAUGUUUUCGGAAAUCCUGUGUUCUGUGCACAUUUGCUGGCAUGUGCACGUACCAGCCUGGCUGGGCUUAUAUAUAUUAUUUUUCCCA